UGGUACUGAUGAAUUGUGCUUCAACGUGCGUUUUUUGACUCAAAACUUUCACUUCCUGUGUUUUAAUUGCCUUUUUGUUGUAAAAUAACUGAUUUACUUUCGGAAAAUAUUAUUGCCUCCUCCUCCUUAUCGCUGAGGUAUCGGAUACCUACUUUGUAUAGAAGCUGCUGGAACAAAACUACCUGUCAUGAUCAUGUCGAAGUAGAAUAGACACUGGUUGUUUAUCUGUCAUUAUUUUGAGAUCAUACACAAUAGGGUCGAAGAGUUAAAUGGGAAAAUAAUGCCCGUUAAAGUUGAUAUAACUCCACCGCCCCCAGCGAACUCUAAACAGCCGGGAGUAACGAAGUCUCUGCUAUACAACGGCUCAAAAUUUCAAGGGCACCAAAAGUCCAAAGGAAAACUAUACGAAGUCGAAGUUGUGUUACAGCAUGUCGACGAAGAAAACUCAUACCUUUGUGGAUAUUUAAAAAUAAAGGGUUUAACGGAGGAGUUUCCUACGCUCACAACCUUUUUCGAUGGAGAAAUUAUAUCUGCCAAAUAUCCUUUUCUCACCAGAAAAUGGGAUGCCGAUGAAGAUGUUGAUAGGAAACACUGGAGCAAAUUUGACCUAUUUGUACCAUACCUGAAAACAUUCAAUUCGGACUCAUUCGACUAUGAUUCUCUCGCAAAGGCUGAUUAUGUUUUUAUGAGGUGGAAGGAACACUUUUUAGUGCCCGAUCACACAAUUAAGGAUAUCAAUGGUGCUUCUUUUGCUGGAUUUUAUUACAUUUGCUUUCAUAAGUCAGCGGCUACCAUAGAGGGUUACUAUUAUCACAGAAGCUCAGAGUGGUUCCAAUCUCUAACACUAAGCCAUGUUCCGGAACACAGCAUCCAGAUUUAUGAGUUCAGAUGAAAUAUCGGCGGUGACCCCCAAUUUUGGAUGAAUAUGUGUUUUGUUUCUGAUAGUACUUACUUGUUCAUUAAGUAAUAUCUAUUUGAUUUAAAAGACAA